AUGAUCUCUGCGCCCAAUAUUGAGGUUGCCGAGUGUCACCAUCUCGCCUGGUGCAUUGGACGAGUCUGCGCUGUUCGCCCGGGAUCACUCGCCAGAAGUGACAAUAAACCAGCGAAUUCGCCUCAAAAGCCGUUCUUGAUUUGGAGAGAUAUCGAAUUGUCUCGGGACGAUCAACAAGGAAGGUUCACUGCGAGAUUGCAUUUCCGAAACCUGAAAACCAACUACGAAGAUCCAGAGAAGUCAAGGAGUAAAACAGUACAGGCUUCUACAUUGACAUGUAUCAUCAAGUCGCCCCAAAACACUGAGAACAUGGUAUUCUCAGUCCCUCACCGGCUCUUGACCAUGGCUUUUCGCCGCGGGAUUCUUGUUGGCAUUGAAACUCUUGACCAACUGUUCAGUUCCGCAACCAAGUAUAUCUCGAUCAAGCCAGAGUUCCUCGACAAGCCUGUGUUCCUUGCCGCUAGCCCUCGAGGCCUGAAAGUCACCGAGGAGCCGAUGAGAGCUACUGCCCUCACCCAAUACGUCUCUCUUCGAGGCCAGAAGAUUGGGUAUGCCCAAGAUCUCACAUUCUACUCCUUCCGCCGGCGUGCAGCUACCGAUCUCACUCGCAAGAUUGGCGGUGACGCUGCACGUUCCCUUAUGAACCACGAUCCCGAUUUCCGUACGCUUGAAAAGUACUACCUAUCGUUAGAAGACACGCUAGAUGUCAGCGGUUUGGCUUUAGAUGAGGUCAGCGGUGACACGGGUGGCCAUACAGAGGAAAUGCUUAAAAGUGGCCAUGAGUUGGCUAUCCACGUCCUUACCGAUGAAAGGGCCAGAAAGAUCCACGGGCCAGCCCUCAACGCGUUAAUGAGCCAAAUGAUGCUCGGUGACGCGAACUACCCGGCUCUCGCAUCCGCCAAAGAGCUUCGAAACUACAAGCGAGUAGUUCGCCGAGCUGCAAUCAAGACUCUUCUUGCCCAGGAGGUCCAGGAUCAACGUCGUGAGAUGAGUCAAACCGACUAUGACGAGCGCGUACACCGCCUGGAGAGAUCGCGCCUCGUUGAACUUGUUCUGAAGAAGGCCCGGCAGAAUCUAGCAGCUCCCGACCCUAUUGCCGAAGGUGAAAGUCCGAGUGAUGAACCUCCUGCUGCGGUGGAUGCGACCACUGGUUUAUUCAUCCACAAUGUUGAAGAACUGCCCGAGCAGGACCUGGAUGAUCAGAUCAACAACACUGAUGGUCCUGGAGUGAUCCACAGAGAGCUUGAUGAGGACGAACCCGAAGCCAACGAAGAUAUCCCUUACCUCGAGGCUGCCAAGGCAUUUAUGCAACUCAUUCUGUCCAACACAAUGAGUGAGUACCGGAAUUUGAGAAAGAAUGGUGUUCCUUGCCCUCAAUGCCAAGAUGAUGAGACAAUCAGCCAGGAACUCAAGAAUAAAAGGUACUACGAUUCCACUCACCUUUAUGAUCAUGAAAGAUCCAAGCUCCACCUGCCGAAGCAAAAAUGGGUGAGACGAGUCACCUUGGCUUUCGAGGCCUCCGGCGACAAGCGCAUAACCUGUCCAUAUUGCAAACGUCUCGGUAAAGAUUCUCAAUUCUUCCACGUCAAGGCUCUGGUGAAACAUAUCACCUACGGAAGAUUUGGUGCUGAACAUGACCGCCUAAAGCGUGCGGAUGGCUGGUACGAUGCUGGCUGGGAAAAGCACCUCGAGUCAAAGUCAAAGACCUUUCGUAAGAACCAAGAAAGGCAGCGCCAGGUAAAGAUGGCCGCUCUAAACAUCAGAUAUAGCCAAUAUGAGCCAGCACCCGCACCUAUCCCUCACCCAACCAGGGCUGGAAUUGUUUUUGCUCCCGGCUCACGCCCAGUCACUCGGGCUGGAGUGAAGGUAGUAUCGAAUGACGAUAUACUCAAGCCCCAGCAAAUCCCUGACCGCCACAAGUCAGCGAUCAGAGUCGGUGAUAUCAAUGAACCGUUCAACGUUCCCAAAGGCCUUGAAGGCUUGAUCAAAACUACCCGAAUGAAAUUCCCAACCAUUGAUCCAGAGGAAGGAACAGGUGGUGGCAACCUACGAAGGGAAGGAGAUUGA